UACAUCUGAUUUUUCCUACAAGUAGGGAAUCAACCACACACCACUCUUGGUUGAAUCGAGUCGACUGGAAGGCUGCUGUUAGCCAUGGCCUCUGCUGAAGGAGGAGACAAAUACCGGUCGUUCCUGCACGGCGACGGCGAGAAGAACACCGUGUGGAGGCAUGGAGCCCCUCCCAACUACGACCUCGUGAACAAGCUCUUCGAGGAAGAGCGGACCAAGGAAUGGGCCGAGGGAUCUCUGGAAGAGAAGGUGCAGCGGCUGCUCAAGACCUGGGAGAUGGAGUUGGUCCACAAGGUGCGGCCCGAGGACCAGAAGAGCGUCCACCCCAAGAACUACUCCGCCACCACCAACGGGCUGAAGCCUCUGACGCGGGAGGAGGUGAUGGCCAUGGGCGGCUACAACGCGUUCCUGGCGACCACGCUGCCGCCGGAGCACCGCAUCUACGACCCGGACGCGGAGUCGGUCGAGUCGGCCACGUCCACGUUCCUCACGGCGUUUCCCCGGGGCUUCGCCAUCGAGGUGCUGGACGUGUACAGCGGCCCGCCCAAUCCCAGGAUCGCCUUCAAGUUCCGGCACUGGGGCUACAUGGAGGGCCCCUUCAAGGGCCACCCUCCGCACGGCCGCCGCGUCGAGUUCUUCGGCGUCUGUGUCUUCCACGUUGAUGAGGGCACCAAGGUGGAGAAGGCGGAGUUCUUCUACGAGCGCGGCAACUUCCUCGCAAGCUUCUUGAGUGCGCCAGCUUCUGCUGCUGCAUCGGCUUCAGGUUGCCCUGUGAUGAGAGGAGACUGAAGCGCGAAGGAAUUGGCGAAACGUGCGACUUGUUUCGUCUCCAGAAUUUCGGAUUUGGCUAAAUUCCUUGUAAUGGCAAGAAAUAUUUAAAUAAAUAAAAUAUUAUUUCAA